CUUCAGACUCAAUCUCCAACUCUGCUCCUAAAGGCUGCACAAGCGGAGCCACCGAGCAGCAGGGAUCCAGCAUGGGAGCUGAGGACCCUGGGAGCUGUAGUUCCUUGGUUAGCUCCCUGCCUAUAGAGCCAGCCCUGGAGCAGGGCAUGGAAGAGCAAGAGCUUCCUUAUGUGUUAAUAAACACUAUAGGAGGGACAUACGGAGUGUAUGAGGAUCAUGUCGAGUUUCUGAAGAAACAUUUUAACCUUAUCACCAUGAAGGAAUUUCUUGAAAACAAAAACCGUCUUAGUGAAAAGAUCAAAGCUAUUUAUAUGUGGUGGCACAAACCAGCUGCUAACCAGGAGCUUCUCCAUAGUCUGCCUAACUUAAAGGUGAUUGCAACCUCUGGGGCAGGAGUGGAUCAUUUGGACUUGAAACUGAUCUCCAGCUUUGGAGUGAAAGUCGCCAACACUCCCUUUGCUGUUUGCAAUGUCACUGCAGAUCUGGGGAUGGCUUUAAUGUUGGCAUCUGCCAGGAGACUAGUGGAAGGUUGUCAGAUUGCAGUUUCCCCAAACACUGAGCAUUUUCCUGAUGACUUGCUGGGAGAUGAAGUCACCGGGGCUACCCUUGGUAUAAUUGGAAUGGGCAGUAUUGGAUAUAUGGUGGCCAAGAGGGCCAAAGCUUUUGAAAUGAAAAUUCUUUAUCACAACAGGAGCCAGAGAAAAGAGGAAGAGGAACGGGCUGUUGGUGCCAUUUAUUGUAAAAAGAUAGAAGACUUGCUCCAGCAGUCAGAUUUUGUGAUGCUGGUUGUGAAGCUGACGCCUCAGACAGACAAACUGUUUGGGAAGAAGGAGUUAGAACUGAUGAAACCCACUGCUACUCUCAUUAACAUCAGCAGAGGUCAAGUGGUUGAUCAAGAUGCAUUGGUGGAAGCACUGCAAAAUGGGGUUAUUAAGGCUGCUGCUUUAGAUGUGACAUACCCUGAACCUCUGCCAAGGCACCAUCCUUUGUUAAAAUUAAAGAACAUUAUUAUAACUCCUCACAUUGGAGGUGCUACUACAAGUUCUCGUUGCCUCACGAUGAAGAAUAUGGUUGAAAGCAUAUUGGCUGCUCUUAAUGGUCUCCCUAUCCCUAAUGAAGUGAUUCCCUAAAAUGACUUGCAUUUGGCAAAACUUUAAUGUUUAUGAUAACAAGAAUAAACUGUCAUUUGACACC